CCUUGGGUUCCCUUUCGCCUUGGGCUGUUUUCCUUCAAUCCACCAAUCCACACACACAUUGCUGACCUCAGUCUCGUCGUCGCCUAGAUACUCUAUGUCGUGUUCUGGUCUUGUCAUGAAUAUUGCCCGAGAUCAUGUACGACGGCGAUCGACGAAUCCUCUCCUCCUCUCCUCACGCCCUCGUCCUUGUUCCGACCGAUGCUCAGGACUGCUGCUGUUCCCCUGCUGCGCUGUCUCCGUUUGUCCUGCACUUGCUGCGCAUCGCCUGCUUGCUAGGUAGUCGUCAUAUCAUCCCUUGUCACUGUCGUUGCUCGAACUGCGUCGAAACCACGAACCAACGCCCUACGCUGUGUUUGCUUCCCCAUCCCAUCGGCUAUCAACUCUCCGAUCGCCAAACCGCCGCAACCCUCCUCGAGCAAGGAAUCCGCGGGAAGCAGCAUAGGCGGAGAAUCAAGGAUUUCUUUCCUCGAGAGGACCUUUCAAAUCUACUUUUCUUUAGACUGAUAUUCCUACGCUGGAAGAUAUAUAUAUGUAUUUAUUUAUUUUCUUGUUCAGAUUGUUGUAUUUGCCUGUUUUAUUUUCCAUCCUUCUGUAACCCCAUCAGAAAUUCGACGCAAGUCAGGAAUCGCAAUUUAGGUCUCUUCUCUUCUCUUACUUUCUUCACUGUCGUACCAAUUGCAUGUACCCAUAUAACUCUUCAAUCAAUCCCUGCUUUUACCCUCCUCCUUGCAUCCAACUAGGCAGUAUCCGAGUAUUUGCGAAUGAUACGAGCUGAUCCCCCUCCCCCCCUCCUCUUUUUCAACGCCACCAACUCCGCAUAGCCUUACCUUAUCGCACUCUAACAUGCCAUAUGCCCACAUGAUCGCGACGGUGUUACAGAAAUUCCAAAAUCGCCCUCGGUGUGCAAGGGGAGAGGCCAGUGCAAUGUGCGCCACAGAAAAUGUUUUCCUGGUAC